AUGGCGGCAAGCAUACCCUCUGUGAAGGAGGCGCAAACCCUCGAGAGUACCGACCCCCGGAAGGCCGAAGCCAUCUACAAGGACAUCAUCUCGAAACCCCCCUCAGUCAACUCAGAUGCCGCCAUCAAGGAGUACGAGACGGCUCUCUUGAGGCUGGGUGGCCUGUAUCGUGACGAGAAAAAGUCGCAAGACCUUGUAGACCUCAUCACAACGAGCAGGACCAUCCUCUCCUCCUUCGCCAAGGCCAAGACAGCCAAGUUGGUCCGCCAGCUAUUAGACUUCUUCAACGACAUCCCCAAAUCUACCGACACCCAGAUCUCCAUCACCAAGUCAUGUAUAGAAUGGGCCACCUCAGAACGCCGAACAUUCCUGCGACAGAACCUCGAGACACGGCUCGUGUCCCUCUACAUGGCCAAGCAGUCCUACUAUGAGGCCCUCACCCUCAUCAACGGCCUGCUGAAGGAGCUCAAGCGUCUCGACGACAAGCUGGUUCUCGUCGAAGUCCAGCUCCUAGAAUCUAGAGUAUACCACGCCCUGGGUAACACAUCCAAGGCUCGCGCAGCCCUUACCAGUGCCCGCACGAGCGCCGCCUCAGUCUACACCCCGCCUCUUCUCCAAGCCAACCUGGACAUGCAGUCUGGCAUGUUGCACACCAUGGACCAAGACUUCAACACGGCCUUUUCCUACUUCAUCGAGGCUCUCGACGGAUACCACACCCAGGAUGAAACUGCCAAGGCAACCGCAGCUCUUCAGUACAUGCUGCUGUGCAAGAUUAUGUUGAACCUUGCCGACGAUGUCAACAACCUCAUGGCCUCAAAGCAGGCCCAGAAGUACGCCGGCCAGAACCUUGAGGCAAUGAAGGCCAUUGCGCGAGCACACAACAACCGCAGUCUUGAGGAGUAUGAGCGCGCCCUGGGUGCCUACAAGUACGAGCUCGGCUCCGAUGCCUUCAUCCGCAACCACCUGCGACGUCUUUACGACACCAUGUUGGAGCAGAACCUCAUCAAGGUCAUCGAGCCUUUCAGCCGUGUCGAGAUUAGCCACAUUGCCCAGCUCGUUGGUCUUGACACGCAGCAGAUCGAGCGCAAGCUCAGCCAGAUGAUCCUGGACAAGGUCAUCAUUGGUGUGCUGGAUCAGGGCGCUGGCUGUCUGAUCAUCUUCGACGAGACCCAGCGCGACGAGAGUUACGAUGCCGCCUUGACUACGAUUGAGAAGCUAGGUAACGUUGUCGACGUACUAUACGCUAAUCAAGCCUCCUUGCUUGAGUAG